GCUUUGCUGCAUUUAAAAGGAGACUACCGUUUUAAAUUCAGCCAUUAUUUUUUUACUAAUAAUGCAUGGUUUUAAUUAGAUUACUAUCUGAUCGGAUUCUCUUACUUAAAAGAGUAACCCAUUGAUUAUGAUUUUGGAUCGUCUACAGUUUCAAAAUUUCUAAACCCCGGACUGGGUAGGCUUCUAUUUUCUCUGACCUACACAAAAAGAUUCAACAGACUGGAAUCACUUUCUUGUCUGUCUUCACAGCUGUCUAUAAACCUAAGCUUUAUGCUUUCCCAACCGAAUAGACACUAAAAAUUUGUCAGUGAAGAAGUCACGAAUAUUGCGGCAUUAUCAUUUACCCGAAUUCCGACGACGCAAGUAAGAUACUUUACAAGCGUCCAGAGGAAAUUCGAAGCAGUUUGGGACACACAGAAACAUGUUUAAGUCAUGGAGGAGAGACAAGAACAAGAUCAAAGCAGUAUUCAAAUUGCAGUUUCAGGCAACUCAGGUACGAAGGCUUAAAAAAUCGGCUGUGAUGAUAUCUUUGGUGCCGGAAGAUGUUGGGAAGACAACGUUCAAGCUGGAGAAAGUUCCUGUUAAAGAUGGAACGUGUACAUGGGAGAAUCCAAUCUAUGUAUCAGUGAAACUAAUUAAAGAUCCAAAAGCAGGAAAAAUCAAUGAGAAAAUAUACCAUUUUGCUGUUUCAACUGGGUCAUCAAAAUCAGGUUUUCUUGGAGAAGCUUCAAUUGAUUUUGCAGACUUUGUAGCAGAAACUGAACCGUUGACUGUGUCGCUUCCACUUAAGUUUGCAAAUUCUGGUGCUAUUUUGCAUGUGACAAUUCAGAGUAUCCAAGGAGCAAUCAACCAAAGAUGUACUGAAGAAAAUGGACGGGUUACACUUCAAAAUGAUGGAAGCUUGAGGAGCGAAGACAGCAACUGUGAUGCAGAUGCAAACGACCAAAAUUUUGAAGAUGAUGCGCACUUGAAUGUAACUGCAGGUCAGGAUGCUAGACAAAAUGUCAGCUUCAGAGCAUCCACUGGCUCAGAUGCUACUCUAGCAUCAUGCUGGGACAACAGAUCAGAACCAAGCCUGCAAGACGUAGGACUGCAAAGGACUACCACCUACAAGCAAUCAUCUGCUUGCAACCUACCUGACAGACAAAAUUCAAUGCCACCAAGGGGAACAAUUGAUGGUAUCAUGACCAAAAAAAAUUUACACCGGAGAUCAAGCACAGAUUGGUCUGGGGGUUCAGCGUCAGAUGGAAGUUUUGUUAAGUCAACAAACAGCCCUGAUGAUGACUUUCAGAGAGGCUGGCAAGAGGAAUCUGAUGGCUCCGUUGAUAAACUCAAAAGUGAGAUCACCAUUCUAAUGAGGCAGGUAGAAAUAUCGGAACUAGAACUGCAAUCUCUGAGGAAACAGGUUAUGAAGGAGAGCAGAAGGACACAGGAUCAGUCCAAACAAAUUCUUAGCCUCAAAGAAGAGAGAGAUGCUCUACAUGCAGAAUGCGAACAACUCAAGUUACAGAAACAAAUUGAUGACGCAAAAGCUGAAAGCCAAUUACAAUCUGUCAACCAGGAUUCAGUGACUCUCCUAGAAGAAAUGAAGGAGGAACUUAAUUGUGAAAAGGACAUUACUACCAAUCUUCGGUUUCAACUGCAGAAGACACAAGAUUCAAACUCCAACUUAAUUCUUGCAGUAAGAGAUCUUAAUGAGAUGUUGGAGCAGAAAAACAAGGAAAUAUCUUCUCUCGCGAACAAGUUAGAAAAACAGAAGAAUUUUGAAGAGGUUAGGGAACUAAAUACGAAAUGCAAUAUCAACGAGGAUAAACAUCAACAAGCAUUGCGAGAAUCAGCCAAUGAGCUAAAUGAUGCUGAGGAAGUGGAUACCUUGAAACAAACAAUUAUAGACCUAUCUGGCGAAAUAGAAUUUUAUAGAAGAAAUAACGAAGAGCUAGAGAUGCAACUGAAGCAACUAAUGCAAGACAAUGGUACGCUAAAAUUGGAAAAGCAGGAUAUAUCCUUCAAGUCAAAACAACAAAGCUCAGAUGCUCAGGAUACUAUAAAAGAACUUGAAUCCCGGGUACAGAUGUUAGAAGACAAAAUAAAGCAGCAAUCAGAAGGAUACUCAGAAUCUUUAAUUUCCAUUAAUGAGCUCGAGAGUCAGGUCAAGGGGUUAAAAAAAGAAACUGAGGAGCAGGCACGGGCUUUUGAAGAUGAUCUUGAUGCCACAAUACGUGCAAAAACAGAGCAGGAACAAAGAGCUAUACAUGCUGAAGAGGCCUUGAGAAAAACAAGGUGGAGAAAUGCUGUAACAGCUGAGAGGCUUCAAGAGGAAUUUAAAAGGCUUUCCGUGGACAUGGCAUCUAAGCUUGAUGAGAAUGAAAAGCUGGCACAAAAAGCAGUUGCAGAAACUAAUGAAUUGCGUACGGAGAAGAGAAGACUGGAAGAAAUGCUCCAACAGGCCAACAAAGAGCUCGAGCAAAUAAGGGAUCAGAAUGAAGUCAAACUUGAAGAGCUUUCACACCAAUUACAACUGAAAGAAAAACAAAUAGAAGAAAUGUCUUGGGAACUAGACAAGAGGUCCGAGCAACUUAAAUAUGCACAGAAACACGGGGAAAAAAGGCAUGAUGCUUUCUCGAUGGAAAUGCAAACAAAGACAGAAAUUGGUGAAAAAGAGAUACUAACUCAAAGGUGGAAUAGCGAAAGAGAAGAGUGGGAGAAAAGAUUUGCUUCAGCAAAGGAAGCAGAAAAAGCACAGGAGCAACUAAUUGCUGUUAGUUCUUUGAAGGAGACGAAAGAUAUCUUGAUUGAAGAAGUAAAGGAGAAAGAACUGCAAAAACAGGUAUGCCAAUUAAAGGGAGAGCUUCAGAAGCAGGAAAUAGACAUUGUCAGCAAAGAGAAAAAACUUACUAAUAACUGUGGUGAAGCUACAGUCAUAGAUGCAAAUUUGCUUGCAGGCAACAACAGCUCAAUACCUGCAUUUGCUAGGAAGAAAGAAGCUAGAGCCAUCGAAGACCUGAAACUCUGGACCUCCAACACCAGCAAAGAUGGUAACCCUGCCAGAUUGCUUGAUGAACUGGCAAUUCUGAAGGAAAGGAAUAAAUCUAUGGAAAUUGAGCUGAAAGAAAUGCAAGAGAGAUAUUCAGAAAUAAGUCUCAAAUUUGCAGAGGUAGAAGGUGAAAGACAGCAGCUUGUGAUGGUUGUAAGAAACCUCAAGAAUGGAAAGAAGAAUUAGGUUAUUCAGGAUUUUUUAGCUGAAAUACAGGCAUAACAUCCGAAGUAUUUCUAACCAUGAAAAGUUUAUCACUUGGAAUUAUAGAUCUAUACACAUUCUUUUAUUAUGUAAUUACUUAUUGCCUGUCCACUAAGAACAUUGAGAAUUAUGCGAAGUUAAUAAAAUUCAGCCAAAGAAAGGAUAAGAUAUUUUGGUCCA